UUGUGUAUAUGUACUCCCAGGUUGUGUAUAUGUACUCCCAGGUUGUGUAUAUGUACUCCCAGGUUCUGUAUAUGUACUCCCAGGUUCUGUAUGUGUACUCCCAGGUUCUGUAUAUGUACUCCCAGGUUCUGUAUAUGUACUCCCAGGUUCUGUGUGUGUACUCCCAGGUUCUGUAUAUGUACUCCCAGGUUCUGUGUGUGUACUCCCAGGUUCUGUAUGUGUACUCCCAGGUUGUGUAUAUGUACUCCCAGGUUGUGUAUAUGUACUCCCAGGUUGUGUAUAUGUACUCCCAGGAUGUGUAUAUGUACUCCCAGGUUCUGUAUAUGUACUCCCAGGUUGUGUAUAUGUACUCCCAGGUUGUGUAUAUGUACUCCCAGGUUGUGUAUAUGUACUCCCAGGUUGUGUAUAUGUACUCCCAGGUUGUGUAUAUGUACUCUCAGGUUGUGUAUAUGUACUCCCAGGUUCUGUAUAUGUACUCCCAGGUUCUGUAUAUGUACUCCCAGGUUCUGUAUGUGUACUCCCAGGUUCUGUAUAUGUACUCCCAGGUUCUGUAUAUGUACUCCCAGGUUCUGUAUGUGUACUCCCAGGUUGUGUAUAUGUACUCCCAGGUUGUGUAUAUGUACUCCCAGGUUGUGUAUAUGUACUCCCAGGUUGUGUAUAUGUACUCCCAGGUUGUGUAUAUGUACUCCCAGGUUCUGUAUAUGUACUCCCAGGUUCUGUAUAUGUACUCCCAGGUUCU